UGCACGUCCAAGUGAACGUCCGUGCAUGGGAUCAAUCUCUCUCUCAAGUAUAGCGCAAACACAGCACGUGGUCGGAAAUAUGAAUUGACACAGGCGGUUGCUGUCCCGUUUGUCCGUUUCCCUAACGAUAUAGGUUUUGCUCUCUCUCUCUCUCGCCUAUGCAGCUCAUGAGCCCUUACCUCGGCAUUCAUGUUGCCCUGAGAUUUUUGUGAUUGCUACGUGUCUCCUCAUGUCCAGCGAACGAACAGCCAAGUUGCAGGUCUAAGAGCUUCUCUUUUUCCGUUCACUUCGUUCCUCUCUCUUUCUCUCCUACCCCCACAUGUGAAGGGCAAAAACAAAAAAAGCAAUGAUCCAUCUCUCACAGGUUUAUCCAAUUUCGGAAAAUUUUAUCACCUGGAACGACGAUCUCUACUGCUACUUGAUCCUGCAUUGCUAUUAUACUGUUCGAUUGUUGUUUCUCAAUUCAAGCGAAAACUUCUGUCUCUGGCUGGUUCUUCAUUUUCGUCGAAUAAUUCUGAUCCUGAGUUUUAUAAUACAGUCGUUUUUUUAUUGAGAUCCGACCUGUUUGGGUCGGUGUGAUCUCCAAGGUAUUUUGGCUAGUCAUCGUUUUGGAUCCGAUCAGAGAAGUGGCAUCGCUGGACAAUGGCGCUGUUCAGAAGAUUAUUCUAUCGGAAGCCUCCGGAUCGGCUUCUGGAGAUCUCCGAGAGGGUUUACGUAUUUGACUGUUGCUUCUCCACGGAUGGUUUGGAAGAGGAUGAGUACAGGGUUUACUUGGGUGGGAUUAUGGCACAGCUACAGGACCACUAUCCUGAUGCCUCUUUCAUGGUAUUCAAUUUUAGAGAGAGAGAAAGGAGAAGUCAAAUAUCAGAUAUAUUAUCACAGUAUGACAUGACUGUCAUGGACUACCCUAGGCAAUAUGAGGGGUGCCCUUUGUUACCAUUGGAGAUGAUCUAUCACUUCUUGCAGUUAAGCGAGAGCUGGUUGUCAUUGGAAGGCCAACAGAAUGUGCUGCUGAUGCAUUGUGAGAGAGGAUGGCCUGUUCUUGCUUUCAUGCUUGCAGGUCUUCUGCUAUAUAGGAAACAGUAUACUGGGGAGCAGAAGACUCUGGAAAUGAUUUACAGGCAAGCUCCUAGGGAGCUCCUUCAUCUCCUGUCUCCUUUAAACCCUCAAUCUUCACAAUUGAGAUAUCUCCAGUACAUCUCCAGAAGGAAUCUGGGCUCUAAUUGGCCACCAGUGGAUACACCUUUGAAUUUAGAAUAUCUUAUUCUCAGAGUCCUUCCCAUGUUUGAUGGAGAAAGGGGUUGCAGGCCAGUUGUUCGUGUUUAUGGUCAGGACCCUUCAACUGUCAUGAAUAGAAGUUCGAAAAUUCUUUUUUCAACUGUAAAGAUACAGAAAAAUGUUCAUCACUAUCAGCAGGCAGAGUGUGCAGUUGUGAAAAUAGACAUUCAUUGCCAUGUUCAAGGUGAUGUGGUUCUUGAGUGCCUCCAUUUGAAUGAAGAUCUGGUGCGUGAGGAAAUGAUGUUCCGAGUUAUGUUUAACACAGCAUUUAUCAGCUCAAAUAUGUUGAUACUCAACCGUGAUGAGGUUGAUGUUUUGUGGGAUUCCAAGGACCAGUUUCCUAUGGACUUUAAAUUAGAGGUAUCAUUUUCGGACUCUGAUGCUGUUGGAUCUAAUAUCUCCUCAGAAGUGGCAACUGAAGAUGGAGAUGAGACUGAAUGGGCUUCAACAGAGGAGUUUCAUGAGGCAGAGGAGAUCUUCAGCAAUGUAGAUGGCCAGAGUGGAAAAGGGGAUCCUGAUGUGCAAGAAGUUUCAGAAAGCAUGUUCUAUGAUGUAAGUUCUAAACCCGAGAGGAAGGAGGAUGAUCUCCAAACGGUUAAAGUGAGUGCAAUCAAUGAAAGGAAUCGGAAACAGGACAGAAAGCAAGACUCUGAUUUACAUUCAAAUGAAAACAGCACUUUUGAUGAUGGAAACAAAAAAUUGGCAACAAAUGCUGAUGGAAGCAGAAAGUUAGAAUCCAUAUCACUGACCAUUGACGUGCACCAUGAGUUGGAAAAAAUAGAAGUGACUUCUAGCAUGAGUUCCAAACAGGGGAGGGGUGAGGGUAUUGAUCUCCUUGAAGUUAAUGAAAUGGGUGAAGGAAAUCAGAAAGCGUUCAUACAGGAUGAUUCUGAUUUACGCAAAACUCAAGAGAGCACUUUUGAUGAUGAAAAUCACAAGUUGGAAAUACAUGCAGAUACUCAUGGAAGAUUAGAAACAAAAUCAUCACUUACUGAUGUGUGCCGUGAAUUGAAACACAAGGAGGUGACUUCUAACAUGCACCAGAAACUGGUUGAGAUGGGCUGUAAAGUGAAUGCAGAGAAUAUUGAUGCUCAGAAGAAGAAAGAUUUAAAGGUUCUGCAGCAAAGUUUGGAUACAGAUUUUUGUAGUCCAAUACCUGAGAAAUUGAUUCCGCCCACAUCUAAGCAGCAGCCAAUUUCCAUUACUGCAAUUUCAAAUGAUUGUGGUACAAGUGAGUCUCCAAAGUCUCAUCAAUCUGUUGCUGCCGAUCCUGAAUAUGUGGUUCUAUCCGACCAUUUACCUGAACCAAAUGUAGAACAUAAAAUUGUUUGUAUAGCAUCUUCAAAAUACGUGGAGGAUACACCAGCUCCCAGUCCAUCAUCACUUCCAUCACCUCCACCUUCACCUCCUUUUUGGGCAGGUACUUCUGUCCCAUCCCCACCACUUCCUUCCUUUAGCAGUUUGUGUCCUUUUUCUCUAGGAUCACCUGCCUCUCCCCCUAUACUUGAAAGAACAACACCACCUCCACCUCCACCUCCACCUCCACAUCCUCCUCCCCCUCCCCCUCCCCCUCCCCCUCCAUUUACAAGCAUUUGGGCGACUCUUCAAGGACCAGUACCACCUCCUCCUCCCAUGAAAAAUACAGUUGGAUCAAUUGUCCCUCCUCCACCGCUCCCACAUUUUGGUGGAAUGGUCUCCCCUUCACCUCCCCCUCCACCUAGGAAAACUCUUGAUGUGUUAGUUACUCCUGCUCCACCAACUACGCCACCUCAGAAGGCUGGAGUUUCUUCAAAUAGCACUUCAGAAGUCCCAACACCUCUGCCCCCUCCGCCACCAUCACCUCCAACACGUGGAGCUCUCAUUCCUCCACCACCACCUCCAACGUGGGGAGCUUUGCCUCCAGCUCCACCUCCUCCACCACCCCCUAUUAAGUAUGGAGUUCCACCUUCGCGGCCACCCCCCAUGAAUGGAGCUCUACCUCCUACAAGUCGAGCUCUGCCCCCAUCACCACCUGCUCCCUUUCAUGGUGGUCCACCUUUGCCACCACCUCCUCCCUUACAUGGGGCUCCACCUCUACCUCCUUCCCCUCUACCUCCUGGUGGAGUUCUGCUCCCACCACCACCACCUCUUCCUCCCUUUUGGGGUGUUCCACCUACUCCACCACUGCCACCCUUAUGUGAGGCUCCACCUCCGCCACCUCCUCCUCUAUUACAUGGAACUCCGCCUUCUGGUGGAGCUCCGCUCCCACCACCGCCACCUCUUCCUCCCAUUUGUGGUGUUCCACCUCCGCCACCACCUCCACCCUUACAUGGGGCUCCACCUCCACCACCGCAUCCUUUAUUACAGGGAACUCCACCUUCCCCUCCACCUCUUGGUGGAGCUCCGCUCCCACCACCGCCACCUCUUCCUCCCUUUCGGGGUGGUCCACCUCCGCCACCACCUCCACCCUUAUGUGGGGCUCCACCUGCACCACCGCCUCCUCCAUUAAAUGGAUCUCCAUCUCUUGGAGGAGCUCCACCACCACCACCACCUCCUCCUAUGCAUGGGACUCCACCUCCACCACCUUCCUCUAUGCAUGGUCCACAACCGCCUCUGCCUCCAAAGAGAGGAGGUGCUCCACUGGCGCCACCUCCUCCUACUAGUGGAGCUUCUCGUGCCCCUCUUCCGCCUAGGCCUCCAAGUGGUGCACCUCCUCCACCUCCACCAGUUGGAGCUAAAGGUGGAGCUCCGCUGGCUCCAGCUGAUACAAAAAGCUUAACAUCAGGAAAGGGACGCGGUCUUGUACAUCCUGGUGGUGCAAAUCAGUCUGCUGCUUCACCUCGAAGGUCUUCAUUAAAGCCACUGCACUGGGUGAAGGUAACACGGGCAGUGCAAGGAAGCUUGUGGGCAGAACUACAGAGACAUGAACAACCACCAAUUGCACCAGAAUUUGACGUUUCAGAGCUUGAGAGGCUCUUCUCUGCUGCUGUUCCAAAGCCAUAUGAUAGUUCAAGAGGUAAAUCUGGAGGACAGCACAAGUCAUCUGGGUCAAAAAUUGAUAAAGUGAACCUAAUUGAUUUAAGGAGGGCAUAUAAUGUUGAAAUUAUGCUCACAAAAGUUAAGAUGCCACUUCCCGAUAUGAUGAGUGCAGCAUUAGCGUUGGAUGAUUCAAUUUUAGAUGUUGAUCAGGUGGAGAAUCUUAUAAAGUUCAGUCCUACAAAAGAGGAGAUGGAACUUCUGAAGGGCUACAGUGGUGAUAAAGAAAACCUGGGAAAAUGCGAACAGUUCUUUCUGGAGUUGAUGAAGGUGCCACGGGUGGAAUCCAAACUAAGAGUGUUUUUUUUCAAGAUGCAAUAUGUCUCCCAGACUACAGAUUUUAGAAAGAGUCUGAAUAUUGUAAACUUGGCAUGUGAUGAGGUUCGAAAUUCAUUAAAAUUGAAGGAAAUUAUGAAAAGGAUCCUAUAUCUGGGGAAUACAUUAAACCAAGGAACUGCAAGGGGUUCUGCAAUUGGAUUCAAGUUGGACAGUCUUCUAAAACUCAGUGACACUCGUGCUUCUAACAAUAAAAUGACUUUAAUGCAUUACCUUUGUAAGGUUCUAGCCUCCAAGACACCAGAAUUUCUGGAUUUUCAUCAGGACCUGGUUAGCAUGGAAUCUGCAUCAAAGAUACAAUUGAAGUCCUUAGCAGAAGAAAUGCAAGCAAUAAUCAAAGGGUUAGAAAAGGUAAAGCAAGAGCUGGUUGCAUCUGAAAAUGAUGGUCCUGUGUCAGAAGUUUUUUGCAAGACAUUGAAGGAAUUUGUUGGCAUUGCUGAAACAGAAGUGGCAUCCUUAACAUCAUUUUAUGCAGCAGUGGGUAGAAAUGCAGAUGCACUCGCCCUUUAUUUUGGUGAAGACCCUGCUCGUUGCCCAUUUGAACAAGUAACUUCAACUCUCUUAAAUUUUGUGAGGAUGUUUCGGAGAGCACAUGAUGAGAACUGUAAGCAAGACGAGCUAGAGAGGAAGAAAGCCCAGAAGAAGGCCGAAAUGGAGAAGGAAAAGGGUAUUAACCUAAUGAAGAAAGCUGCGACAUAGCUACAAGUGUUUUCUCCAUAGCCCCACACGGGAACCAACCGAAGUUCCCCCCACCCCCCAUGCAGCUGUCGGGCGAUGUGAAUAGAAAGAUACGACAGCAAAGUUGAACUGCUCCAUACUCGAGCCCAGCCUUCAGUUUUUCAGGAAACUUGCAAUGGGGAAAAAUGGCAGGAAAAGUUCCAACUUUGUGGCUGCAUGUGGCACACCAACUUUUCCAGAUUUAGAGCACCCCACCUCCAUGGACAGUUGGACUCUAGUAGCCAAUUGUGUUUUGACGUGUAUCUCCUUGCACAAAUAUGCCGGGGAUUAAGAUCCAACAGCUUAGUUUUUUACUGCAGGCUUCUUAGAAUGUCGUCAAGCUUUUGCAACAGUAUAAUUCUUCCUUAAGGACGGUUCCAUUAGUAGGAUUCAUCAAAUGAGGUUCUGGCCCCACCAACCUGUUAGUGGUCACUCUUAGACUCCGAAUCAGUCUUUUUGAUUUGUACCCCAUGAUUUGAAUCAUCGUUUCACUGUUCUUUUGGGAGAUAUUUUGGGAGAACCAGUGCCAGAUGUCAUUGCAUUGUAAAGCACAAGUGGGGAAUGUAUCUAUGAACUGUGUACAUAGCUCUAACCCUACUGACCAUUGAUUCUUUUCUCAUGUAACAUAAAAGGUAGUCUUUUUCUUUUUCCUUGUUCAGAUUUUGAUGAGAGCAACAUCACGAAAAUUGUGUAGAAGUUGAGAAAUGAAAGAAAUGAGAGGGUAGGCAUUCUUACUGUUUAAGUGUAAUAUAACCAGAUGUAGGUUGUGAGUUGAGAACUCUUUUCACUCAUCAUUUGUUAGAAUAUUCUCAUUUAUUAAAAAGAAAUAUCUCUCUCAAGUCAGUCCUUCAGGACCUUCAUUAUUU